GAUAAUACCGCGGCACUCGCUCAUCUACUCACAAGUACCAGCUGCAGUCAGACAACACGCCAAAGUUCCGUGUGGUGCAGAAGCUCCCGGUCUGGGAUCCGUUUUGAUUGACUUUAACUGAAGUCCGAGUAGAGACACAGAGAAGCGGCUCAGGUCAUGGCAUCCUCUGACGACAGCGAAGGGUCUCUGACGCCUGUGGAUUUUAUCCAACUGCAGAAGUACAUGGAAUACAGCAGUUUGAGGGUGAAAGAUGUGAUUAAGGAGUUUCAGCCCGGAGGUCGUCACGCCCAGCACAGCUUUGGAGAGGGUGUUGAUGCUGCGGGUUUCCGUCUCUUUCUGAAGACCUACCUGGAGGGGGAUGAUUUUUCUGACGAUUUCUGCCGACGUCUUUUCCACUAUUUUCAACAUGUAGAGCAGGAAGGAAACACAAAGAGCACGCUGCCCAAAAAAGGAAGGGUGUUUCUCCGCGAUGUCUCCUGUUACUUCUCAGUGCUGGAGGAAGGACAACCUCGAGAGAAGCUUGAGUUUACUUUCAAACUUUACGACAAAGACAUGAAUGGAGUCUUGGACAGUUCUGAAGUGGACCGUAUAAUCACCCAGAUGAUGCGAGCUGCCAAUUACCUUGGCUGGGACGUGACGGAGCUCAGACCAGUGCUGAAAGACAUGAUGACAGCGAUCGAUGCAGACAGCAGCGGGACAGUCACACUGGAGGAAUGGGUGAAGGGAGGCAUGAACAAUGUGCCUCUACUGGUUCUGCUCGGACUGAAGGUGCCAGAGAAGGAUGGGCAGCACAUCUGGAGGAUGAAGGACUUUAAAAAGCCGACUUACUGCGGCGUGUGUCAGAACAUGCUGCUCGGCCUCAGAAAGCAGGGCCUCAGCUGCACCUGUUGCAAGUACACUGUGCACAGUCAGUGUGCCAACAAGAACCCUGAGCCCUGUGCCAGUACCUUUGUCAAGUCAAAGAAGAGCAUUGGUGUAAAAGCUCACGACUGGAUCAGAGCUGACUGUAAAUCUUCCAAGUGUCAGAUCUGCCAUAAGAAGAUCAAAAAUCUAGCAGGGAGGCGUUGUGUGUGGUGCGAGGAGGUGGUAAGCGUCGUGUAUGUGGUUGUAUAUGCAGACAUACACUUACUGUAUAUCUACAGGUUUUUUUUUGUUUUUAAGCGCCAUGAUGAGUGUCUUCUCUCUGGCUCACCAUCCUGUGACUGUGGGCCUCUGAAAGAUCAUAUUCUGCCUCCAUGGGCCAUAUAUUCCGUCUCAAAGGAGGAGGACACCAGCCUGUUAAAUGUGACUCCUGACGGCCAAGUCCUGCAGAUAGCCCCAGUUCCUAAUGCUCAUCCUCUGUUGGUGUUUGUAAACCCGAAGAGUGGAGGAAAGCAGGGCGAAAAAGUGCUUAGGAAAUUUCAGUACAUGUUGAAUCCGCGCCAAGUGUACAACUUGUCAAAUGGAGGACCUGGACCAGGGCUGCAACUCCUCCGCAACCUGCGUGAUUACAGGAUCUUGGUGUGUGGAGGAGACGGCACGGUUGGCUGGCUCCUUGAUGCUAUAGACAAAGUGGACCUGCAGGUGCCUCCCGCAGUAGCUGUCCUGCCUCUGGGUACUGGGAAUGACAUGGCUCGCUGUCUUCGCUGGGGAGGAGGCUACGAGGGCUCAGAUCUGAGAGAGAUCCUGAAGGAGAUUGAAGCCAGUAAGAUUAUUCCACUGGAUCGCUGGAGCAUCCAGGUGAUACCAGACGACCCUCAGGAGGCAGGAGACCCUGUACCAUACAAGAUCAUCAACAACUACUUCUCUAUUGGAGUGGAUGCCUCAAUUGCUCAUCGUUUCCACUCCAUGAGAGAGAAACACCCCCAGAGAUUCAAUAGCAGAAUGAAGAACAAACUUCGCUAUUUUGAGUUUGCCACUUCUGAGACCAUUUCUGCCUCCUGCAAAAGGCUGAAGGAGUGUCUCAUGAUUGAGUGCUGUGGGAAAGCUCUGGACUUUGGCAACACAGCUCUGGAAGGAAUAGCUGUCCUCAACAUACCCAGCAUGCACGGAGGAUCCAACCUCUGGGGCGAGUCUAAGAAGCCUGAGGGUGCGCCAGAGGUAGAGCCCAGUGAGGUUAUCACUGAUCCUGAACUUCUUAAGUUAGUCUCACAAGACAUGAGUGAUAAGCGUUUGGAGGUGGUGGGGCUGGAAGGAGCCAUAGAGAUGGGACAAAUCUACACUGGACUGAAGAGUGCUGGACAUAGACUGGCCCAGACCUCUCAAAUCACCAUCAGGACAAUCAAAGCCCUGCCUAUGCAGAUUGAUGGGGAACCGUGGAUGCAGCCUCCCUGUACUAUCUACAUAACUCACAAGAACCAAGCCAACAUGCUCAUGGCUGCAGCAACCAAACCAUCGUCCUUCUUUCACCACAAGUAGAGAAACCAUUUCGCUGCGGCAUCCAAUCAGCAGACAUGUCAUUUUUCUAUAUGAAUUAAAAUAAACUCUGUUUAUAUAGCACUGCUUUACAAUGGAUGGAACAUUAUGAAAACUAUUAAAACAAUUAAAAUAAGCUGAAACAAACACAAUAACGUAAAGUAAUGAUAAAACACUGUAAUAAAUAUAAUUAUCAUGAGAAUGCCACUCGUCUUAUAAGACGAUCAAACUUAUAAAAGGACAUUUAUAAAAACAUUUUUGAAUGAUUUAAAAUACUUUUUAGACUUUAAGAGGCUGCAUUAAAAGAGGAAGGAUGCAGGAUGAGUGUUGUAUGGGGAUGGCUACUGCUAAGCAUGUAGUUAUGUGUUUUUUUAUUAUUAAUUAUUCAUGUGUUUGUGUCUGUGAUGUCAUUCUGAAUGCAUCCAUCUGUUUUGUGUCUGUACAUAAAAUAACAACAGAGUUUAUAUGGAUACAGUGAACUACAAUAUAUGGACUAGGAAUAUAAACUUUUUUUACGUUGCAAUAGCUUUGUCUUGCUUUUCUUGUGACUUUUCAUCUGUACUUCCUAAUGCAGCUUGUGAUGAGUGUUUUGAUUUGCUGUGCUACAAAGUGUGUUCAUCUGAGCCAAGCUUUCUGUGCUUGUGCUGGCUUAACCAAACCUAAAGCCUCAGUGAGAGAUAACGAGUAUCAUGACGGGGGUCGUGGAUGACUCAAUAAGUUCACGUACGCACAAACAUAUUCUGUCAGAUGAGAAUCGAUUAAAGAGAAUCACUUUGAAUCAUCCUGAAACAUUUCCUACAAUUCUGGCACGUUAAGAGUGAAACCAUGUCUGAAGAAGCUGAUUUGCGAGUGUGUGAUGCUUUUUCUUUGUUAAAUUUCAAGCUGAAACACUGAACAUAACCAGUUCCAAACCAGGUUAUAUCUGGCUCUAGACUCAUCAUAUCAGAAAACUUUUACUGUCGCUGUUGAUCCAUCUGAAAGAAAAAUAUAUUUAUUUAUGUGUGCAUGUUUGUAUUUAUUCCUCUCUGAUUUUCAUUGUUUAUAAAAAGGGUGCAGAUGAAACAAUGUAACAAUGUUUGUCAUGUGGGUCAGGGAACUACGUGCCCUACGUGAAGUCUUUGGUGUCGUGAGACUUUGUGAUGUCAUUCUUCAUUUGCAAAAUGCACACUGUGGCUGGUUUGUACCUAUGGGCUGCUGCUGAAACAUGGCGGUGCAAGAUGUAAAGCUUGCUUUAAUUACAUAUAAAAGGCUUGUAAUGCUACAAAAAACCCUUUUAUUUUAAAGCAGUUAUACACUUAUACAAACAUACUUAUUGGUGUAUUCACAUUGUCUGUAUAAACCCUCCUAAAUGUUACACACUGAACCUCUAACUGCAACCUGAAAGUGCUUGCGCUCCUACAUUUACUUUGUGUUACCUUCUUAAAACCUUAAAGUUGUAUUGGACAUCAAUAAUAAUAACAUCCCCAGUAUUGAUUUCCUGUAACAUCACUGACAAAUUGGAUUAUCAUCUCUUUAACUGAUUACUGAAUACAAUAAAAUGAUGCCAAAAAAUGUGUGGGAAGAAAA